AUGCAAAAUAAUACCGAAACGAACUGGAGAGAGUUCAAAGUUGAUGGAAAUUCAAGCAUUAAGGAUUCAAUAUUUCCUAAAAAUUUGGCAAAAUCAACACGGUAUACACUUCUGUCAAUUCUCCCUACAUCCUUAUCUCUAUAGCAGGUGCUUGAUAUGGUGACGUUAAUUUUGUUUUUAAAAUUUUUAUAUGCUUAAAUUUUGUUUGAUAUUUAAAAUCCUGAUAGUUCAGAUAUUAGAAAAUUGAAUUUUUAAAUUAUUUUUUGAUCUCAAAUGUUUAAAAUUUCGAAUUAACUCAAGAUUUCAUUAUAAUUUAUAUAUAAAAUAAAUAUAUAUAUUAAAGUAUUUUUUCUUUCGAUCAUAAAAACAAAGAUUUCACUGGCUUUGCUCGCUCACAGAGGCAACAGUAAGAACCUUUUUGAGCAAUUUCAGCGUUCGUCUAAUCUGUGGUUCCUUAUCGUUUCUAUUUUCCAAUUAAUACCUAUAAACCUAAACCCAACUGAUUCAUGAAGCACUAUUGCACCUCUUGCAUUAUUACUGUUUUUUACAUUCAUAAAAGAUGCUCUCAAUGAUUUUCGUCGAUGAAAAGACGAUCAAAAAAUAUAUCAAUCCCAAAUAUAAGCUUUUUUUUCCUAUUUUUGCAGUAAAUUAUCUAUAUCUAUUAUAAAACAGAAAUAAAUUCAAUGCUUUAUAGCUGCUGAAACGGGGAGAGAUUCGAAAAAAUUAAAUCAAAAGAUUUACUAGUAGGAAAUAUUGUCCUAUUGAGAGAUGGAGAAAUCGUACCAGCAGAUAUGGUUCUUUUAUCGUCAGAAAGUGAUAACCAAAAUGCAUAUUUAGACAUCACAAGUAUCAUAGGAAGCGCCAAUUUUAAAGAAGUUAAAGGGAUUUCCGAAAUCCAGAGAUUCCUAAACUCAGCUGAAGGUGAUGCAAUUUUAAAAAAAUUUCAAGGUAGAGUCAAAAUGGAGGAACCCAAUAACGAUUUUUCGAAAUUUAAAGGAAGGAUAAAACUGACUGGUUUCCCAAAAGCAUUUGAAAUAAAUGCUGAGCAAGCUUUAUUUAGAGGUGGAAAACUAACUCCCCACCUCUCUGUGAGUGAACAAAACCAUUAGAAGAAUCCCUAUUUUUUGCCCAAAAAACCCACGCUCUGUGUGAGUGAACAAAAAUUUGUUUUAAUAGAAAAAUUUUUUAAUAAAAAAAAAUUGAUAUAUAAGUGAUAAUUAAUAUUAUGAAAUCUCGAUCUAAUUCUGUUUAAUUUUAAACAAAUUGCAUCUUAAAACAUAAAUUUUAUAAAUUAAAUUAAUAUUUGCUUUCCAAUUUGUGCGAAUUAGGAUUUUUUAAAAUUUCGAAAAAAAAUUUAACCCUCCUUCGUGAGUUCGUGAGUGAACAGAAUUUUUUUGUUCACUCAUGAAAGGGGAGUAAGCGGAACUUCAUGGGUAACUGGGCUGGUUGUUUAUACUGGCCAUGAAACUAAAACUCUUAUGAAUACCAAAAGGCCUGAAAAAAAGACAAGUCUGCUAGAAAAACGUAUCAAUAAAUGAGUAGGGAUAAUACUGCUGGUUUUAAUAGGACUGGUAAUAUUUUCUAUUUGUACUUAUUAUUAUUUAUCAGUCAGCAACUAUUCUUCUGUUACUCUGCCAGAAGCAUUUGUGAGUUUUAUUCUUUUGUAUAAUAACAUCAUUCCUAUUUCUCUGUUUGUAACAAUGGAUCUUAUAAGGAUUCUUCAAGUUAUGUGUAUCCAGCGAAAUAUGAAGCACACUGUCCAUUUUAAAACAGGAGAUGUAAAUGAGGAUUUAGGGCAAAUUGAAUAUAUUUUGCUAGAUAAAAGUAGGACAAUUACUGAAAAUGAUUAUUAUGUCCAGCUAUGUAUUAUCGACUCUGAUGUAUAUAUAAGAAGUGAUUCACCUGAUUCAAGUUUAGCUUCUGAUGAGGAUGGUCCAUUAUGCAAACAAGCAAUAGGAAAUAAUAUUCUGUCUACUGAGAGAGUAACUUUUAAUACUCCUAAAGAGCACUCACUUACUUUUUGUAAUUUAAGGCUGGAAUUGCUGAAUAAUAAUGAUGAAAAAAAGCUCCAAUUUGCUAAGUGUAUGGCUUUAUGCAAUUCUGUGACACCGUCUAGGGAUAAAAUCAUAGGGCCAACUGCUGAUGAAAAAGCACUAGUGAAUUUAGCUUCUGAACUUGGUGUAAAUUUGGUAGUAAAAGCUCAGAAAGCUUGUCAAAUUGAUAUAAAUGGAUGCCAGGAAACUUUUAAUAUAUUGGGAUCAAGGCCUUUUCAACCGAUUUCUAAAAAGACCAGAUUACUAGUAAAAGGAAAGCCUGAAGACCCAGCUAUAUUAUAUAUAAAAGGAUCAUAUGAUACCAUUAUCCCGUUACUGGACGACGAAGAAUUGCAAGCAAGUUUGCUUUAUGAAUCCAAAAAAUUGAGCUCAGAAGGUAUAAGACCUGUUUUAUUAGCUUAUAAAAUCCUAUUUUCGCUCCAAAAAUGAACAAUAUUGUUUGUAUGCUCAUGGUACAUCCAAUAUAAUUUUUAUUACUUUUAUCUUUAAAAACUGAGUUUUAUAAAAAAUAAUUAUUAAUUAUAUAUAAAAAUAUUAGAAUCAUAUGGAUAUAAUAAACAAUAGCAAUGAUAAUUUUCUUCUUGGAGGGAGUAACUGACUCACAAACAAAGGAUUUUCUCACCAAACUAGAACUCGCAAAAUAUUCUCCUGUAAAUAUGAACCACAAAUAUGAAGCAGCCUACUCUGAAUUUGAAAAGAACCCUACUUUCUUACUUCAUCCUCUAUAAGUAUGCAUAUUUUUCAGUCUAACUCAUCCCUCCGUAGCAAAUAAACCAUUAAUUUUUUGAUCAAAAAUCCACACUCCGUAGUCAAACGAAUUUUUUAAAUAUAAAUAUUUUUUAAAAAAUAUUGAUAUAUAAGUGAUAAUUAUUAUAGUAAUAUCUAGAUGAUAUUAUUUAGUUUAAAACAGCUUGUAUUCUAAAGCAUAAAUUAUAGAUUAAUUAAUUUUUACUUUUGUUAUAAAAAUUCAUAUAUAGAUUUUUUAAAAAAUUAACAUAUCCGCGAGUAUACAAAAUUUUUUUGUUCACUCACAGAGGGAGGAGUAAGGAGGGAUAAUUUUUUUUAUAUAUAAAUUUUGUAGUAAUUCCAAUUAACAAAAACUAGAAAGUCAAUUAAUUAAUUAAUUUAUAUAUUUAUUAUUAAGAAUGCAAACUGUUUAUAUAUUUUUUAUAAUUUUUUUAUCUCAAGCAAGAGAGUUAGGAGUUGCCGGGAUUCGAGAUAAAGUUCUUCCUGAAACUCUUGAAUGUGUAGAAGCCUUAAAAAAAGGUGGAAUAAAGCUAUGGCUUGUAAGCGGAGACUCAGAAGAAUGCACCCUUGAAGCUGCCUAUAGCACAAAGCUACUGACUUCUAGACUCCCACUAGUCCAAAUCAAACAAGCUACCAGUGUUUAUGGGGUCACCAAAAUUCUACAGCGGGCAAUUGGCACUCACAUUUACCACGAAUCCUCCAGAAACAGGUCUAAAACAAUUGUAUACCGCAAGCCUGAAGCUCCCAAAAUCGUCAAUGAAAUUUUUGAUAACGACGCUGAGGCUCAAAUCGCCGCCUCAGAAAGUAUUGUAAGCGAAUUCCUCGAAGAAGCCUCUAUCAUAAAAGACGAAAUUCAAGCCAAAGGUGCUCAUCUUGCCUACCAAUCCCUUAUGGCAAUGAAUAAUUCUCGUUCUCUCUAUGAUGCUUUUCUUUCCCGGUCUUUUUCUCCCAAAACAGUCAGUUUUGCGAUUUCAAUAGACCGAAAGUCUUUUGAGUUUGCGUUAUCUGACGAAGACUCAAGAAAAUUAUUGGUUUGUUUACUAGUAGCUUCUAAAUGUGCUUUAUUUUCUGAUAUGCUGCCUAAAGAUAAAAGUAACCUUGUAAAGCUUCUGAAAGAGAACUUAUCGUUUAAGCCAACUGUGCUAGCAGUUGGGGAAGGAAAUAGCAAUAUUUCUAUGAUCCAAGAAGCUGAUAUAGGCAUUGGAAUUCAGGAUAAAGAGCAUAACCAUGCUUCAAAUUUUUGCGAAAUUUCUAUAUGCCAUUUUUCUGUUCUAAACGAACUGAUUUUAUUGCAUGGAUAUAGGAAUUAUUCGAGGAUGUCGAGAAUUAUAUUACUGUUCUUUUAUAAGAACUUUGUAUUGAUUGCUAUAACAUUUGGGUAUAUUUUUAUGAGUGACUACUCAGGAGCUACUAUUUAUAACUCUGGGUUAUUGGUUGGGUAUAAUUUGCUAUAUACUACUUUUCCUUUGAUUUCACUUGCUACGUUUGACGUAAAUGUAGAUAAACAGAGACUUUUGGAGACUCCACAGCUUUAUAUACAAGGUAUUUUAAAUAAGCUUUUUAGCUGGAGAACACUUAUGUAUUAUAGUUUUUUGUCAAUAGUACAAGCUGGGGUGUUACUGCUUUUAAUAAGCUAUGCUUUUCAUAGCGCAAUAAAUGAAAAUGGCUAUGCAGAGGAUGAUGCUUUGUUUGGGACUACUUUAUAUAUUGCGACUGUUCUUACAGUGCUGGCACAGAUGUGGAUUGACUGCUAUACAAAUAAUAUGCCAUUAUAUGUGUCGUAUAUUAGAUCGAUAACUUUGUUAAUCAUAUAUGUGGUGGUUUCGAAUUUUACGCCAUUUCCUGAUUAUGAACAACUUGGAGUGGGGACUGAAAUCUCGAAAUUUCCAAUAUCACUUAUAGCAUUCCUUAUAACUCCCUUUGUGGCUGUUGUUCCAAGUUAUGCUCAAUGAUACUGCUCAACGAUUACUUUUUAUAAAUUUAAUUAUAAUUAGAGCUCUAUUUCUACCAAUUGUAGUGAGGAUUUAUCAAAUCUAAUGAUCUUAAUCUGUAUAAAAAUGUAUAUCUAAUAAAAGCCCAUAUUUUUCUAUUCAGACAUAACUCGAAAGAAAUGAUUAUAGUCGCAGCUCAAAGCAUAGAGGAUCCGGAACUUAAUAGAUUGGAGGACUUUGCAGAUGGUCUCAGAGGAAUGUAUAGGGUUUCAUCAAUUUGGAAAUCAAUUCAUGGAAAAAGCCAAUUUGACAUGAACUGGGCUCUUAGAUUUGUUUCUGGAUCUAUGGAGAAGCUUUAUAGAGAGCAUUAUAUAAAAGAGCAUAUUCUUAUGUUUAGAUUAGCAAAUUUCGUAAUUUGGGUUAUUUUGAUUCUUUGGACAGUUUAUGAGCUAGUAGCAGUUGAUACAUCGGUCUCUUAUACAGUUAUUCGAAUUAUUUUGGUACUUGGGUAUUCAGCAGUUUUAGUCAUAGUAAUGUUUGAUUUUUUUAGGAAACAUUAUGUUAUAAUCCGUAACUUCAUAUGACGCUUUCUCAACAACGAUUAUUUUUUUGGCCUGCUUUUUCACCUAUUUUUGUGGCCUUUUUUUGACCUUUUUGUUUUUUUUUGCCUAUUUUUUUAGCUAUUUGCUUUGGAAAUGAUUCUAUGUUGGCUAUUUUGAACUGAUUUUUAAUUUAUUUAAUUUAUUGUUUUUGAUAGAAAUUAUAUUAUAAAAUUUUAGCAUCAAAAAAUAUCUCUAAAAAAUAGUUGAAAAAGUAGGCUAAACAAAUAAUCCAAAAAACAGUCCAGCAAAGAUGGCAAAAUAAAAAUAGCCUAAAAAAAGCUUAUAGGCGUAGGUGCCGUGGGAAGGAAUCGUUAUAAUUACACUCAUUAUUAUAUCUAUAGCUAUCGCAGCUAUAGUUGCUGCUGAUAUUGUUUAUUAUAAGCUAGGACUUGUGCCAACAGCAAUGGUACCAACAAUCAGCUACAUUCUUUUCAAUGUAGAUUUCGAAUAUAUCACGAUUUUGAACAUCAUUAAUGUGCUACUGUUCCUUAUUUCAUUGCUAUUUAAUUAUUAUUUGCAUUAAAAUUGCUAAUAAACCAACCUGCUCUCUUAAUUCGUCUAGCCUGUAGGCUAAUUGGGACAGCCGGGAACCUUGUGAAAGGGAGAACAACAUUCAGAAAUGUUGGACAGGCCGGGCUUACAAGGCUUCGUAUGGCACUAUCUCAGGUCAAUGAUAUACUCUGGGGAAAUGGUUAACUGGAGCUGAGAAGGGAGCGCCCAGCAAAGCCAGAGGAUGCUACUUGACCAAUCGGGUAAAAUCCUUAGUGCGAUACCAGACGAUACAUCCUUUGCGCUAACACCAGAAAAUCUGAUUUCGAAUUUUCUGGAAAGCAAACCCUAUUUGCAUACGGUAUGUUAGCCUAGCGUCUCUUACUAUCUUAUAGCGAGUUCAAGCCCUCAACUGUGAGGAGUAAUAAGUAAGGCCAUAUCGGAUUGGCAAACAAGCGGUGAGGCUUUAUGCAGAGAUGAUUAGUUGUCUGCGGUCCUGCAGAGAACUUCUAUAAGUAAUUUAAGUUUAAAUUAAACCUAUUUUAUUAUCUUGGCUCAUCAGAGUAUAACAGAACUGAAGAAACCUUACUGCUUUUGACAGCUCUGCUAUUAGUAGUUGCAAUCACUGCAACAUCAGGGUUUAUUGGCUAUUUUUUGGAUAAAUCCAAAAGGCAAGAGCAUAAAUUAAUUAACAUUGCUAAAAACGGAGUAGAAAAAAUCCAAACAAUCCUAGGAUACUUACUACCUGCCUUUGUCAGAAAUAGAGUAAAAAAAGGUAUCAGAUACAUUGCAGAAGACCAAGGAACCGUCACAAUCCUAUUCUGUGACAUUUACGAUUUUGAUAAAAUCUGCAAAGAAUAUUCGCCUAUAGAGCUAACUACCUUUUUAGACGAAAUUUUCCAAAAAUUCGACCAAAUUUGUGACACAGUCGGCGUCGCAAAAAUAGAAACAGUUGGAAAAACCUAUAUGGCGUGUGCAGGUUUAAAAGACAGUGAGCUAGAAAUGAGUAAACAGCUGAGAGAAGUGACUCACGCUCGCAGAUGCAUAGAAAUGGGAUUAGCAAUUAUAAGAGAAAUCCAAUCAGUCAAGCUAAAAUAUGGAUCAACUCUACAAGUGAAAAUUGGGAUAAACUCUGGACCGGUAAUUGCUGGUGUUGUAGGGUACCAUAAGCCUCAGUUUUCAUUAGUUGGAGAUACAGUCAAUACUGCCAGCCGUAUGUGCUCAACCUUACUCCCCCCUUUUAAAUUGGAACAAAAUCCUGCUCCAAUUUAAGUGGUUAAUUUUUUCAAAAAAAUUCUUAAACUCUUAAAAAUCUUAAAAAUAUAAAUUGAACGUAAUAUUUUUGGAUUUAUUUUAUGAACAAUUAAUUUAAAAAAUUUAUAUUGACUCAGUGUGUGAAAACAGUUUAAAUAAUAUUCUACUUGCACUUUUACCCUUAAAUUAGGUCAAAACUGAUUCGUUAAAAUUAUUAUUUUUACCUAUAAAAUUUCCCAAUUGAAAAAAAUUAUUCUAAUUUAAAGGGAGAUAAAAUACCCAAAAAUUGAAAUUUUACCAAUAUUUUUUUCCAAUAUAAAGAGCCGGGGGAGCUAGAACAGACCAAUACAAUCCAAAUCUCUAAUGAGACUUAUGAAUUAUUAGAAAGUUUUGAUGGGCUGAAAUUUAUCCCUAACCAAGUUGAGGCAAAAGGGAAAGGAAUUAUGAACACUUUUCUGCUAUCAGAAAUUAACGAAGGCAAUAUUGAUUAUGACCCAUCUCAGCUUAUGGACACAGUUUUAUUAAAUCCAAUUUCUCAAGUACUACAAGCUGAAACUUCUGCUCUUCAAGAGGAAGAAGAAGAGUCCCCAGAGCCGAAAAAAACUAGAAAAUAUACUAGAUUUGACAUUGAUAAUAGAAAAGAUGUAUUUAAAAAAAAUGAUCCAGAAAUCAUAAAGCCAGUCAAUCUGUUUGAUUUUUCCUUAAAAGAAAGUGAAAACCAAAGACUGUUUAGGAUACAGCAUAUGGAGGCAAACUAUGUGACUGUCUUAUUAGGACUUAUAGCUGCUUUUAUUACAUAUGGCUUGCUAUUAGUAAUUUCUGUCCUAGAAGAAGAGUACCUACACGAUUAUUCUGAUAAAGACACUAUUAUUAUGCGAUCUACAGUCGUUGGGGCUUUGUUUAUCCUUAUAAUUAUCCACCUAACCAAAAACAAAUACAGGUUUUAUCAGCUUGGUGCAGUCCCUGUCCUUCUCUUGAUGCUGGCAACUGAUAUUUACCUUAAUUUCCGUUUAAAAAAGAUAAACGGAGACUAUAUCAGUCUUGAAAUUAUGUACAUUCUUGUAAUCCUAAACCACGCCUCCAACCUAUCUGUAAGAAUGGUCAUAUUUGUAAGCUUAGGAAUUUUUAUACCAUGGGUCGUAUCAGUAUCUUCAAACGCUGAAGACGUCGCUAAUGCAAUUUUGGUCUUCGGAUUUGCCAUAAUUAACACCUUUGCAGCAUACUCAAGAGAGCAAAGAGUCAGAAUUAAUUUCAAUUUGCAGCAUUUGGCUGAAAGAGAAAUUGAAGAAACUGACAAACUUUUAGUACAAAUGAUGCCGCCACAUGUCCUGGAAAACAUGAAACAAGACAAGUCAAUCACUGACAAACUCCAAGACGUGACCUUGCUAUUUGCUGACAUCGUAGGAUUCACUGCUUGGAGUUCUAAUAAAGGCCCUAAACAAAUUGUCAAAAUGCUUAGCGAGCUUUUUACACAAUUUGACAAAAAAUGUGUAGAACUUAACGUUUAUAAGGUCCAUACCAUUGGAGACUGCUAUGUAGUUAUGGGCUAUAAUGGCAGCGUAAACAGAGAUAUAGGCCAAGAAUGCUUAAAUAUGCUGAAAAUGGCACAAAGUAUGAUUGAAAUUAUAAAUGCAAUGAACAAGCUCCAUGGGUCAGAGCUGAAUAUGAGAAUCGGCCUUCACACUGGCACUGUAAUUGCAGGUGUAAUCGGCACUAAUAUUGUCCGAUAUGACAUAUACGGCCCUGAUGUCUUAAUUACAAACAAAAUGGAAAGCAAUGGGAAACCUGGCGAUAUCAAUGUCAGUGAUGUGACAAAAACUUUACUAGAAAGAAAUGCUGAAGGCCUAUACGAAUUUACCUUCAACAAAGAAGUAGCUGCCAAGUCAAUUGACCGAGUCCACCAAAGCUACUUUAUAAAACCAAAACCCCCUGCUUAA